AUUGCGGAGCGAAGGCGCGGACGCAAGUCGCAAAAGGGAAAACAAUGUUCUCUUGAACAUAGCAGCCAGUCUGUUGCCGCUUGCCGGAGAGCAAACGUAUCUCAUUGAGUGUUGUGGCGCAUGUGACCGCGCGUGAUAGCUCUCGAGUGCUCACAGAUAGCAGACUCAACAAUGGACACAGACCGAAAGGAGGAUGAAAAACCCGAUGCUCCGGUGCAGAACUCCGACGCAAUCCAAAAAGUUAUUGGAUCGUUUGGCAAAUACCAACUUUGCCUAUGCAGUCUAGUAUUUCUCACAAAAUUUCCGGUUGCCUUUCAUCAAAUGGCUAUUCUAUUCCUGGCCCCAAAAACAGAAUACAUUUGUUUAGAUGGCAAUAACAGUACCAAUUGUCCAUGUGAUAAUCCACAGUAUGAUACGUCUAUAUUCACCAACACAAUAAUCAUGGAAUGGGACUUAAUAUGUGACAGAAAGUGGCUCACUAGCUUCACACAAACACUGUUUCAACUGGGAACUUUAGUGGGAAGCGUUGUUUUCGGAAUGGCAUCGGAUAGGUUUGGACGGAAAUUACCUCUACUGGCAGCGGUAGUGUUGCAAGUGACUAUGGGAAUCCUUGCAGCUUAUAUUCCUGGAUACUGGCCAUUUACGUUCAUCCGCUUCUUUGUUGGAAUGUCUGUCGGUGGGACGAUGGUCACUGGCUUUGUCAUUGUUAUGGAGUUCGUGGGUUCCCAGUACAGAGAUGUUAUAUCGGCUCUAUAUCAAGUACCAUUUAACUUGGGCCACUUGCUACUACCAGUCUUUGGUUAUUUUAUCAGAGACUACAACAUGUUCCAAUUCGCUAUUUCCUUCACAUCUAUAUUAUUAUUAUCGUACUUCUUUCUCGUUCCUGAAACACCAAGAUGGUUAAUAGCGAUGAAAAGGACGGAUGAAGCGGUGAAAAUACUGGAACGGGCUGCUAAAUUUAAUAAUAUGCCAACGGAUACGAUCAAGCAAGACAUAGAAAAAUACCAGAAGUCCGUAGAAAAAAAUAACCUGAAAAAAGGGAGCAUCUUAGAUCUUUUCCGAACACCGAAUUUGAGAAAAAAUAUAUUAGCCAUGUCAUUCAAUUGGUUAACGUGUAGCUACUGUUUUUAUGGAGUUUCUCAAUAUGUGGGUCAGCUUAGUGGUAAUGUCUUCGUAAACGUAGCGGCUAGUGCUAGCGUAACACUUUUGGGUACAUUGUGUUCUAUUCCUCUGAUGAAGGUGAUAGGAAGGCGGACGAUCCUGAUAGUAUUUAAUUUUAUUUGUGCCCUAUGUUUAUUCAUUCUUGCUGCACUACCCCCCGGGCCGGGUACGGUAGUGUGCGCUAGUAUUGGCGUUGUAGCCAGUUUCAUCGUGUUCGUAGUUGUUUAUCUUCAUUGUACAGAGCUGUUUCCUACAGUAGUGCGUAAUGCGGCUAUUGGUUUUUCGUCGAUGAUGGCUCGUGUGGGCUCUAUGAUCGCGCCGUUUGUCGUCGGAUUGGGAGAUAAGGCAGCGUGGAUGCCAGCCGUAACGUUCGCUAUUCUACCAUUAAUAGCUGGCUUUGUAUCAUUCUUUUUGCCGGAAACUAAAGGCUGUGAAUUAAUGACAACUAUCGAAGAAGGCGAAAAAUUUGGCAAAAAGACUAAGGAAAAUACAGAAAAAUAAUAAAACUAUACUUUGUUAUAGCUGAUGCGAUGUAUUCAUGAGAUUUAAAUGUAUUAUUUUGUACAUAAUAUGAUUAGUAAAAUAGAAGUGUAUUGAAGUUUUUUAAAAUUGUAAUAGAUACGUAAGUUGAUUUCUCAAGCAGUGUUGUGUAAUAAAUUAUUGUUGA